CAGUUCCAUCGUCCUGUCGAGGGCUUGGCAAUUUCUUCAGAAUCUAAAACCAGAGUUCUCCAUGUAGUUCAUUAUCAGCUUCAAAUUUCUUCGCGGAUCUCGUAUCAGGUUGCUAUCUUAGACAAGAUGGCAUCUUCACAAAAUGUUGAGCUGGAAGCAGCGAAGUUUCUGCACAAACUCAUUCAAGAAUCUAGAGACGAGCCAGCAAAAUUGGCUACAAAACUCUACGUGAUAUUGCAACACAUGAAAUCAAGUGGGAAAGAACAUUCCAUGCCAUAUCAAGUAAUUUCGAGGGCCAUGGAGACUGUCAUCAAUCAACAUGGUCUUGAUAUUGAAGCUUUGAGGGCAUCACGCCUUCCUCUAACUGGUGGAACUCAGAUGGGUGAUUCUUCAACUGCACAAUAUGCGGUUGCAGGUUCUUCCAGUGUCGCUGGUGCUGCUAAAGAUUCCAAAAUGGAUAUAUCUGGAAGUGAGAUGACCAAAAGUGGCCCACUUGCUUCAAGCAAGCCACCUGUUGGCCCAAGUAGUACAGAUCACGAUUAUUAUCCUGGAUCCACAACCCAUCGAAGUGGUCAAUCUUUUGAUCAAGAAAGUCCGUCUAGUUUGGAUUCAAGGUCUGCCAACUCACAGUCACAAGAGAAGCAUGAUUCAGUGAAUUGGGACAAGCAAUUAAAUGACAAGGAUGGUAAGAAGGGCAGCAAGAAAAGGAAGAAGGUGGAUACAUCAGUUCUGGAACCAUCUAGUGACAAUACUCAUCAACUUGAUACACGCAGUUCACUGGUUAAUCCUAGGAAUGUAAAGACAAAUAGGGUUGAAUCACCGGCAUAUUUAGUUAAAGGAGGCAAUAUUGAUCAGACAAAAUAUGGACUAACAAAAGCUGCUGAAAAGCUUAUUGACCCUCAAAGUUAUUCUGUAAGCCGAGGCGAUGGGAUAUCUACCUCCAGUGAAAAAGUUAUGGAGUGUGAACUACCUAUGUCUAGCACAUCAUCAGUUGAUGCUACAAAGAUGAUCCAGGGCGCAUGGCGGAAUAAUGCACCUGAAAUGAAUAUGAUACGCAAUCCCGUUUCUAGAGAAGCAGGAAAGCUCCCUGUUUCUCAGGUUCCUACCUCUUCCCAAUCUCGUUUGCCUUUCAAGGAACAACAAUUAAAGCAACUUAGGGCUCAGUGCCUUGUGUUUUUGGCGUUCAGAAAUGGUUUAAUGCCAAAGAAACUGCAUCUUGAAAUUGCCCUUGGGAAUAAUUUUCCGAAAGAAGAGGGGCUUCGCAAAGAUGUUGAUCCUAGAGGCAUUGCUCAAUCAUUUAAUGAGGCCAGAAGUACCACCGAAGUCAUGAUGGCAUCAGGAAAAUUGGAUGCUGCAAGGGAAACAGGAAUUGUGGCCCCAGGCGCCAUAUCUGUUGGAAGAAUCUACGAGGCCGACUCCAUGAAAGAAGUAGAUAAUAGGGGAAUGGAGGAUAAAAAGGGUGCACCAUCUGAUUAUUUUGUUCAAGCAGAAGCAAGAAAGCCAGAGGCUGAAGUAAUGCGGGAAAAAGCAAUUUCCCAAACAUGCUUGAGCUCUGCAUCACAUCCUUCUGACUUUUCAGGUGCAAGGGGGGUUUUAACUGUGAAUAAUCCUGUUGAGGAUUUGGAGAAUAGCAGUCUUCAAGCCACUGCUGCCGUGGGGAUGAGUAAGCCACUAAACCCUGAAACAGUUAGCUGGACAGGAAUUGGCAGCACAAAUGAGCUUUCUAGGGGAAGUCUACCAGCCUUUGCUGGUCAGCAUGAGCUGGUAGUUGAUAGGAAGAAUGACGUCUCUGCUCAGUUGCACACUGUUCGGAACAAUAGUGGUUUGGGGAGUCAAUAUAUUGAUAGUCAGUCUUCAUUUUCGAUGGGAGAGCGGUGGAAACCUAUCUCUGGGACAUAUGAUCAAUACCAUGCUGCAAUGCCCUCUAGAGAUGCUAGUAUGAUCUCAAAUCUUGCAUCUCAUGAUGAUAUGAAUGUGCCCGAAUCCGAAUCUAGAUGCAACACAGAAGUGCAAAAAGUGGUAUCUAUUGAUGGAGGGAAAAAUAGCAGCCUAAAUUCUAUGGAACAAGAAGAUGAUGGUAAGUUAGUGCCAUCUGAUUUGCCGAAGUCUCCAAAGUACACCAUGUCAGAGAAAUGGAUAAUGGAUCGGCAGAGAAAAAAACUCCUAAAUGAGCAAAAUUGGUUACUGAAACAACAAAAAACUGAGAGACGUAUUGGCACUUGUUUUGAUAAGUUAAAGAAUACUGUCAGCUCGUCGGAAGAUAUAUCUGCAAAAACUAGAAGUGUAAUAGAAUUGAAAAAGCUUCAACUCUUGCAGCUUCAGCGCCGCCUCAGGAAUGAUUUUCUUAAUGAUUUCUUCAAACCAAUUUCAAAUGAGAUGGACCGCUUGAAAUCUUUCAAGAAGUAUAAACAUGGUAGGAGGAUUAAACAACUUGAGAAAUAUGAGCAGAGAAUGAAGGAGGAGAGACAAAAGAGAAUUCGGGAGAGGCAAAAGGAAUUCUUUGGUGAGAUAGAAGUUCACAAGGAAAGACUUGAUGACACGUUUAAAGUUAAGAGAGAGAGGUGGAAGGGUUUCAAUAAGUAUGCGAAGGAGUUCCACAAAAGGAAGGAACGAAUUCAUCGUGAGAAGAUUGACAGAAUCCAGCGUGAGAAGAUCAAUCUCUUGAAGAUCAACGAUGUAGAGGGCUAUCUUCGAAUGGUGCAGGAUGCAAAAUCAGAUCGUGUUAAGCAACUUCUCAAGGAGACUGAGAAAUAUCUUCAAAAGCUUGGAUCCAAGCUACAGGUGGCAAAAUCCAUGGCAACCCGAUUUGAGGACGAUAUGGAUGAUGGAGGAGAUGUGAAUGUUGCUGAAAAAAGUGAAGUUGCGAUUGAAAAUGAAGAUGAAAGUGAUCAGGCUAAGCAUUAUUUGGAAAGUAACGAGAAGUACUACCUGAUGGCUCAUAGUGUAAAGGAAAGCAUAGCUGAGCAGCCGUCUUGUCUUCAGGGAGGAAAGUUGAGGGAGUAUCAGAUGAAUGGCCUUCGGUGGCUCGUUUCAUUAUAUAACAACCAUUUGAAUGGAAUUCUUGCUGAUGAAAUGGGGCUUGGAAAAACUGUUCAGGUAAUUUCCCUAAUCUGUUACUUGAUGGAGACUAAGAAUGACCGAGGUCCCUUUUUGGUGGUUGUGCCAUCAUCAGUUUUACCCGGAUGGGAGUCGGAGAUCAACUUCUGGGCCCCUAGUAUCCUUAAAAUUGUGUAUUCUGGGCCUCCAGAAGAGCGGCGUAGAUUAUUCAAGGAGAGAAUUGUUCAUCAGAAAUUUAAUGUACUUCUGACCACAUACGAGUAUCUGAUGAACAAGCAUGAUAGGCCAAAACUGAGCAAAAUUCAUUGGCACUAUAUCAUAAUUGAUGAAGGCCAUCGCAUAAAGAAUGCUUCGUGCAAGUUGAAUGCUGAUCUGAAGCACUAUAAGAGUUCUCACAGAUUACUCUUGACUGGAACACCGCUACAGAACAACCUUGAGGAGCUGUGGGCAUUACUGAACUUUUUGUUGCCAAAUAUUUUUAAUUCAUCGGAGGAUUUUUCGCAGUGGUUCAACAAACCAUUUGAGAGUAAUGGUGAUAAUUCAGCUGACGAAGCCUUGCUUUCUGAAGAGGAAAAUCUUUUGAUCAUAAAUCGACUUCACCAAGUGCUUCGCCCGUUCGUUCUUCGGAGGCUUAAACACAAGGUGGAAAAUGAACUGCCAGAAAAGAUUGAAAGACUUGUAAGGUGCGAGGCUUCUGCAUAUCAGAAACUUUUGAUGAGGAGAGUGGAGGAAAACCUUGGAUCGAUAGGAAGUACAAAGGUCCGAUCAGUGCAUAACUCGGUGAUGGAGCUGCGUAAUAUUUGUAAUCAUCCGUAUCUAAGCCAACUUCAUGCAGAGGAGGUUGAUAAUUUGAUACCUAAGCAUUACCUUCCACCAAUUAUAAGACUCUGUGGAAAGCUUGAGAUGUUAGAUAGAAUAUUACCAAAGCUAAAAGCAACUGAUCAUCGGGUUCUCUUCUUUUCCACCAUGACUAGACUGCUCGAUGUUAUGGAGGAAUAUCUUCACUGGAAACAGUAUCGAUAUCUACGAUUGGAUGGACAUACAUCUGGGGGUGAUCGUGGUGCACUGAUCGAAUCGUUUAAUCAGCAAAAUUCUCCCUAUUUUAUAUUCCUUCUCAGCAUUCGAGCUGGUGGUGUGGGAGUGAAUCUCCAAGCUGCUGAUACAGUGAUUAUCUUUGAUACAGACUGGAACCCACAGGUUGAUCUACAGGCACAGGCCAGGGCUCAUAGGAUUGGCCAGAAGAGGGACGUGCUUGUUCUUAGAUUCGAAACAGUUCAAACGGUGGAAGAACAAGUGCGAGCUGCUGCGGAGCAUAAACUAGGCGUCGCUAACCAGAGUAUUACAGCCGGUUUUUUUGACAACAAUACAAGUGCUGAAGAUCGAAGGGAAUAUUUGGAAUCUCUUCUACGCGAGUGUAAGAAAGAAGAAGCUGCACCUGUACUAGAUGAUGAUGCUCUGAAUGAUCUCUUGGCACGCAGUGAGUCAGAGAUUGAUGUGUUUGAAACGGUCGACAAAGAACGGCGAGAGUAUGAGAUGGCCACAUGGAAGAAGCUGAUACCUGGUCAUGGAAGUUCUGAUUCUGUUUCUUCCAUGCCUUCACGUCUUGUAACAUAUGAUGACCUGAAAGUAUUCUAUGAAACAAUGAAGAUAACUGAAGGCGUAACAAAAGCUGGAGAGGUUGCCCAUGUAGGGGUAAAGAGGAAGAGUGAUCCUGGAAGCCUUGACACCAUACAUUAUGGGAGGGGGAAGCGAGCAAGAGAGGUGCGAUCCUAUGAGGAACAGUGGACUGAGGAGGAAUUUGAAAAGAUGUGCAAGGUCGACUCACCUGAAUCCCCCAGGUCAAAGGAGUCUGUGGCAGGAGAACCAUCAGGUAGUAUUAGUGGAUCUGUUGUAGCAGCUGUUUUGAAGACAGAAGUUUCUGCUUCUUCUCCUCUGCCUCCUAUUCAGCCAAUGCCUCAGCAUCAAACACCACCUUCGAAGCGAGGUCGUGGAAGACCAAAACGAUCGGGUGCCGAUAAGUUGCCUGCUCCAGUGGUUCCUCCAUCUCUUUCUAUAACAGCCAAAGUGGAGACAGGGUUAGAAGGAGAAACUAUUUCAAGCAUUUCUAAAACUGGCAGUCUAGAUUCUUUGCCUAGUCAAGGAAUGACUGAUCAACAUGCUUCAGGGGCUGCACCAAGUUCUCAGUUAACUACCUCAGUGCCUUGUAUGAUUCCUGCCUCUGAAUCACCUCCAGCUUGCUCCUCAGCACCAGUUCAAGUGAAAGGCCACGGUCGAAAAACUCAAACAGGACAAGAAGCUCCUCGAAGAAGAGGGAAAAAACAGGGGCUGGUACCACCUCCUGUUUCUGGCAGUCUAUCCUCCUCCACAAACCCAGUGGCAGGUCAAGUUAAUGUAGCAAACGACAUCGUUUCUAAUGCUUCUGCCACCCAGCUCCCCACUCAUCUGCCAGGUUCUGCCCCUUCAAAACCUGUCACUGGACCUAAUGAUCAGCCUACCAUUGGGGUUUCAUCAAAUUUGGAACCUAGUCCUGCUUUGCCUUCUGUGGAUUCCAUCUCUCAAUUUGCCCCUCCUUCCAAUUCACAACCUAGAGGACAAAAUCGAAAGACUCAGAAUGCUGCUGGAGCACCACGACGUAGAGGAAAGAAACAGGCAACAGCAACUCCUGCAUUGCCUAACACCGUGGCUGGUUCUUGUCUAAGUUCAAAUGAGGCUGCUGUUGAUUCUUCUUCAAAAAAGGCUGCUGUUGUCACUACUACUAAAGAAGAUACCGUCAGUCAGGUGACCAAUAUUACCUCUGAGGAAUUGACCCAGAAACCUGAUGGAAUCACUAUACAGGACGUGGAAUCUACUAAACCAACAAAUAAUUCCAAUCAGGGCAAGGAGACAGUGAGCUUAUCAACUUCUGGUAGUACCGUGGGACCACAAGGGUCUACCGAACAGAAUCAAAAUACUGAUUCACGUGGCAUUUCUAAUAUGACCAAGGAGGCUUCUUCUGGAGAUUGCACAGUCAAAGCAAGCCCCUCUGAGCAUUUGAGUGGCGCUGGGGCUGCCCAGGACGCAACUGUAAGAAAAAAUAGUGUCAAUGAGACAUUGAAAAGCCAUAGUUUGCUGGACACACCUCAUCCAGUUACAUCAACACCAGAAACUGCAGUUCCGACAUGUGGUCCUCCAGCUGUUUGUUUACCUAGUUCUGUUGCUGUGGAGAUGAGUCCCAAAACUAUAAUAGAUGUUGCUCCAGAGGCUGUUUCUAGUUCCCAGCCAAUCCAUACACUCCCAUCAGUGGCUUCAACUUUGCAAUCUCCCUCUCAAUGUCCAUCACCUGGACAUGUGCAACCUAAACGGCAAGGUCGUAAAACUGCAAAAAACAAGGAAGAGCCCCCUCGGCGUAGGGGAAGAAAAUCGGCCUCCUUCACUCCUGUCAUUCUUGAGGAUUCAGCUAGCAAUGAAGCUAAAGGUUUGAAUGUGCAUGAGCAGCCAGGGCAAUUUGGGGAUUCAAGUGUUAAAGACACAUGCCUAAAAGGUAAAACUGGGACUGAGAAUCAAGUAUCAACCAAUGUUCAGAGUGUCGCAGGUGUUGCCCAAAUUAUAGAAACUGUGCAUUCCCCGGGUCCAAAAAGAAAGGAGCAAGCACCCAAAUCUUCCCAACACAAACAGCUAUUGACAUCAUCAACAAAAAUUGAUGCUACUGGAGCCUUGGACAGGACCUCUGUAUCAGGUCGUUAUCAAACUGCAAACGUAAAUGAUGUUGCUCGAGUAAUGAAGGAGGUCUUCUCUGGAACUUGCUUGCCGAAAGCUAAAGUUGGAGAGUCUUCUGGGAAAGAAAACAAGGAUGCCCCUGCACCGCCUCUUUUGAGCAAUCCGUCUGUGGAGGUGAUAAAAAAUGAUAAAUCAGAGGCUACUUUAGCUACAGUUUCGAAUUCCAACAUUCCAGUUGAGGCCCAUGAAAAGGAAUCUUUAGUUACAACUAGUGAAAUAAGACCAGAUUUUGCAAAUGCUCCAGAAGAAUGUAACAUUUUGAAUAUCAAUGAUGGAAAUUCCGAAAGUACGAAGGCCAAUGUGGUAGAUAAAUUGGUUGAAUCCAGAGAAACAUCUGCCAGAUGCUCAACUGUGGUUGGUGGCUCUGGAAUUUCAUCAUGCUCCAACGAUGCUGACCAUAAUCCCCUGGAUGCCUCACCUAUUUCCUCAAGUCUUGGUGAUUCCAGUGCAUCAAAGGCUCUUAAGGUGAUGGAUGAUGUAUCGCCAAACGAAACAAACCCUGUUGGUGAAGUUCCCUCAUCUUUGAAUGAUGGUGAAAAUCACCCUGCUUCUUCGCUGCCUGUCCCUUCUGAUAGCAGUCACACUAAUAUGAUAACUGCUCCUUGUACGACUCAAAUGGAUAUUAAGAACAUGCCAGAGCUUCCUAUGGAAGAGUCUCCUGCCGCAACUACUGUUGAUAAUACCAGAGAAAAUGCAGAAAUAUCUGUCAACCAACCUUAUCACAGUGAACUGUCUUCUGAUAUAAGAUUGAAGACUCUUGACAGAGACAUUAUACCUUUUGUGAACUGUCCCAGUGAAGCGUCUUCUGAUGUCACGAAAAAAACUCUUGACGAUGAAAAAAUACCUUCUGUGAAAGGCUUCUCAGAACCAUCUGAAUUUGAUAAUACAAGCCUUGAAUGUCCUGCAAAAUCGAGAAUUGACUGUUCCCCUGAGAAGAUAGGCACGGGUUCUGGCAAAGAUGAUAAGCCCAAAUGUUCUGCUGAAGUUGCAGUUGAAUUGAUCGAAGCGUCUAACAACACAGAACUUGAUCUCACAGGUGUUGAAACUUUAAGAGCAAGAUCUCCUGGCCAAGAUUGCCCCAGUCUAUCUCCUGAUACUGUGAAUGAAAUGGUGCCUGUUUGUGAAGCAGAUAAGAUGGAAGUGGAUCUUAGACCUGUAGUUAUUGUUGAAACCUUGACAGAGAAUCCUAUUCAAGACUGUUCUUGCAUACCUCCAGUCGUGACAGGCGAUUCCAGUUUGAAUGAGUCGGUGCCUGACAUGGAAGAGUCCAGGCCAGGUUCUCAGGAGAACAGUGGCAGCCAAAGUCUCUCUAGUCAUCAUGAAAAUUGUGAUCAUUCAGGUGUUACAAUAUUUAAAGAGAGUUCGAGUGCACACAUGUCAGGUGCUGAACUUGAAGUUCAAGGACGCCUUUCUGUAACUACCAUGGAUAUUGAGAGUAAACAUAAUGAAGUUAAUGAUAUCGCUCCCGUUCUUGAACAAACGGAUGCUGCCACAAAGCAGGAUGUUGACAUUUUGCUGGGGAGGUCUAGUGGUUGUCUAGAUCUUUCUAACACAGGUGCACCUGAUAUAGUGGAGCAAACAUCGGCAAAUAAAUUAGAGCUUGCUUCAGAAGAGUUGCCACAUUUUCCUUCAUCUGACGAUGGAAUCGUUCAAGUCCAUGAAGUUUCUACUGGAAAACCUGAUGAUUCAGAUAUAGCUAAAUCUGAUAGAGGUUCUUCUCCGGAGUUUGAUCCGAAAACUGAUGUUGAAGAUCAGAAAGCACCAGAAUUAAAUGAUAGUAGUAAUUGUAUUCCGGAGGGGAAUUUGAAUGUACCAGAUAAUGUGGAAAACAAAGUGGAAGACAAUGUUCAAUCUGUUAAUCCUGAGGAUGUUCCUGAGCCAAUUCCUCUGAUCCAGGAUAGUGGACCUAACAAAACCGACAACCAUGGUACGUUCCUCAUGGAUAUGGACAUCUCAAGAAAUGACGAUCUAGAUGAAUCAGAUGGUGGUGGACUAAUCCCUGCUGGUAUUUCACCUUCAACAGCAGAGAGAGAAAAUGAAUCCAAAAGUUCUGAUGCUAUUGUUCAAAUGGACGUUUCUGAUGGAGAACGUGUACUAGAAGAUACAACCGAUAAUAUGGUCGUGCCAUCACCUUCGGUGCAGGGAGAGGAAGAAAAUUGUUCUUUGACGUCUGUGGUAAAUCAAGUUGAUGGUUUAGGGAACCUAGAGGAAACGAAAAAUAUCAGAGUUGAUGCUAAUCUUCAAGUGAUUACGUCUCAGGAUGAUGUUAUGAUUUCAGCAAACCCUGUGCAAGAAAGUAUUGCGCUACAGGAAGGAAAGAUUGAGGGAUCUGGUGAGAUAAAUCAAGGGUCUCCUAUCGAGAAAAGGCAAUCUGAUCAUCAAGUUGAGGACGUUCUUGUUGAUCAUAUGGAAGAAGAUAAAUCUGGAAAUUUGGCCGAACCUUUAUCUUCCUCACAAGUUGAGGAAACAAAUUUGAUGUUGCCCAAUACAACUUUAGAUAAUUCAGGUGACCAAACUAAUGUACCUGUAUCCUCAUCCACAGUGACAGACACAGAAAAUAUUGGUUGUUCUUCAAAGGAUGAUCUGUAUGACUGCACGGUCGCAGAUUCAGUAAAAGCUCUCGACGAUAGUGAACAAUUACAAAACAAGCUAUCAGAAGUUUCAGUUGUGCUUGCUUCAUCCAACAGGAAUGAGGACUCAACUCCAAGGGAUCCCAUCAGCUCUCCAAUCUCUCUGGAGGGGCCACCAAGUGAUCAUCAAAUAAGUAGUGACCAUAUGGUUGCAACCCAGGAUAACAUUGUUUUGUCAGAAAACAUGUCAUCUGUUGUGUUAGCCGAGGAAGACAAGCGGCAAACUUCCUCCAAGAAAACGUUUUCUGAUAGUGCAGAGCCGUUGGAGGAUUGCGAAGAUUCUGGUAAUAGAAAUGACAAAUUGGACGGAGCUCAUGUCAACAAGGAACAGCUUCUAAGCAUCACUGAAAACCUUGUCUCCAUUGAUCUUUCCGAUCAUCUUGUAGUAUCAAAGAAGCAAGCUUUAGCUGUUGAUCAGAUUAAUGUUCCUCAAACUGGGGAGUCUGUACCCAUAAACGCAGUUGAUACGUUAAACCAGCCCCCACCUCCAACAACCAUGGAAGAAGAAAAGUUUGAAGCCUCAUUUGACAGUGGUCGAAUUCCUAGCCCACCGCCACUGAAAGACGUAAAAGGUUUUCAGGCUGAAACAGAUUCAAUGAAUUCUUCUCAACCUGAUAGGAUUUCAGAAAAAAAUAUGUCAGGAGAAACAAUUUUGCCUUCAUCUCCUCCUGUGUUGGAGGUAGGAGAAGCUAUAGUGCAACCUGGUGUGCAAGUUCAGAUUGACGGAACGGAUGCGUCUGAGGUGGGGGAGCCUUCUCUAAAGAGGGCUGUAACGGAAGUAGCCAGUCCUCCAUCCUCUCUACCCGAAGAAGAUAAAAGCUUGGAAUGCACGCCAGUUUCGAGUCUGGCUGAUAGUGCCAUUGCAGUUUCAGGAACAGUUGUAUGCGAUGAAGCUGAUGUAUCCACAGAAAAUGGAAGGUGUCUACCGGCUGGUGCCUCAUCUGUUGUGCAAUAUCCGGCUGAUAUUGUUGCAGAUGUAGAAAUGGCCAUGUCCGAUCAAGCUGAUGUUCCUCCAGUCUGCGACACCGUGCUGAGUUCGGCUGAUAGUGCCACUGCAGUAGAAAUGGACAUAUGUGAUCAAGUUGAUGUUCCUCCAGUUUGUGACGAGGUAAAGGGUUCAGAAGAUACUGCUGCCAUAUGUGAUCAAGUUGAUGCUCCUCGAGUUGGUGAGGCGGUAAAGGGUUCAGAAGAUACUGCUGCCAUAUGUGAUCAAGUUGAUGCUCCUCGAGUUUGUGAGGCGGUAAAGGGUUCAGAAGAUACUGCUGCCAUAUGUGAUCAAGUUGAUGCUCCUCGAGUUUGUGAGGCAGUAAAGGGUUCAGAAGAUACUGCUGCCAUAUGUGAUCAAGUUGAUGCUCCUCGAGUUUGUGAGGCGGUAAAGGGUUCAGAAGAUACUGCUGCCAUAUGCGAUCAAGUUGAUGUUCCUCGAGUUUGUGACGCAGUAAAGAGUUCAGCUGAUACUGCUCCCAUAUGUGAUAAAGUUGAUUCAUCGCCUCCAGCUUCCGAGUUAGCAAAGGAUCCAGCUGAUAGCGCAACAGCAUGUGAUCAAGUUGAUGUUCCUCCAACAUUCAACACGGUGCAGGCUUCAACUGAUAGCACCAUUGCAGUUGCAGAAACUGCCAUACGUGAUCAAGUUGAUGUUCCUCCAACAUUCGACACGGUGCAGGCUCCAACUAAUAGCACAAUUGCAGUUGCAGAAACUGCCAUACAUGAUCAAGUUGAUGUUCCUCCAACAUUCGACACAGUGCAGACUCCAACUGAUAGCGCCAUUGCAGUUGCAGAAACCACCAUAUGUGAUCAAGUUCAUGACUCGGUACCAGAAAAUAAAUCUGCAAAUUUGGACCUGCCUCCUGGAUGUUCAACAGAAGAUGAAAGCGGGGAGCGGUCACCGGAAGAGACUCCAGUUAUCAAGAAUUCAGUUGAAUCACCAAAGCAAAGUGAGUGAAGGUAGAAUUCUUCUAUACAUUUUUUGUAUUCCCCUGGUAUCCGAGUUUUUUUCCGACAGGGGAGAUCGUAGCUUCAUUUUAUACAGAAUCCCUGCUAUCAAAAUUAUGCCUUAGAUAUAAUUAUUAUUCAUGACAUUUUCUGGUUCUAUUGAGAACCCAGAUACUGAACUGAACCACCAAACCUCCUCCACAUCGUCCCUAUACCUGUAAUCUGGGUAAGUGUUGACAGAACUUACAAUCAAGAAAUUCUAACAAGUUUUCAAUACUAGUACAUAUCUUGGCAUU